AUGUCGUCUUUACCAGGAACGGUACCGCGGAUGAUGCGCCCGGCUGCCGGACAGAACUAUCCCCGCACUGGAUUCCCCCUGGAAGUGUCCACUCCUCUGGGCCAGGGACGGGUCAACCAGCUUGGAGGGGUCUUCAUUAACGGCCGGCCGCUGCCCAACCACAUCCGACACAAGAUAGUGGAGAUGGCUCACCACGGGAUCCGGCCCUGCGUCAUCUCCCGGCAGCUGCGGGUCUCCCACGGCUGCGUCUCCAAGAUCCUCUGUCGCUACCAGGAGACCGGGUCCAUCCGGCCCGGAGCGAUUGGAGGCAGCAAGCCCAGGCAGGUAGCCACGCCGGACGUGGAGAAGCGGAUAGAGGAGUACAAGCGGGACAACCCAGGCAUGUUCAGCUGGGAGAUCCGGGAUAAGCUUCUGAAGGACGGUGUGUGUGACAGAAGCACAGUCCCUUCAGGUGAGGCCUCCCCUGUGAGUUCGAUCAGCCGUGUACUUCGAGCUCGAUUUGGAAAAAAAGACGAUGAGGACGAGUGUGAUAAAAAGGAAGAAGACGGAGAAAAGAAAACCAAACACAGCAUCGACGGCAUUCUCGGCGACAAAGGCAGUCGGAUGGAUGAAGUGUCAGAUGUGGAGUCGGAGCCUGACCUCCCCCUGAAGAGGAAGCAGCGCAGGAGUCGGACUACAUUCACAGCGGAGCAGCUGGAGGAGCUGGAGAAGGCUUUCGAAAGAACCCACUAUCCCGACAUCUACACACGGGAAGAGCUAGCUCAGAGGACCAAACUGACUGAGGCCAGGGUCCAGGUGUGGUUCAGCAAUCGAAGGGCGAGAUGGCGAAAACAAGCAGGAGCCAAUCAGCUAGCAGCAUUCAACCACCUGUUGCCAGGUGGAUUUCCUCCCACAGGGAUGCCAACACUUCCUACAUACCAGCUGCCAGAGUCCAGCUACCCAACCAACACUCUGUCCCAAGAUGUUGGUGGUACAGUUCACCGUCCCCAGCCGAUACCUCCGUCCACAAUGCACCAGAGCGGUCUGUCCAGCACUGACAGCAGCUCUGCCUAUGGUCUCACCUCCAACCGCCACGGCUUCUCCAGUUACUCUGACACUUUCAUGAGCUCUACAGCACCUAGCAACCACGUCAACCCUGUCACCAACGGACUUGCCCCACAGGUGAUGAGCAUCCUGAGUAACCCCAGUGGCGUUUCCUCACAGCCACAACACGACUUCUCCAUUUCACCGCUCCAUAGCACCUUGGAAUCCUCUCCAUCCAACGCCAUCUCAGCCAGCUGCAGCCAGCGUUCAGCUGAGGCCUCUAUUAAGACGGUCGACAGCCUUCCGUCAUCCCAAUCCUACUGCCCCCCCACAUACAGCACUACCAGCUACAGCAUGGACUCAGCUGUGGCAGCUGCCGGCUACCAGUACAGUCAGUAUGGCCAGACUGCUGUGGAUUACCUGGCAAAGAACGUCAGCCUGUCCAGUCAGCGCAGGAUGAAGCUGGCUGACCACUCAGCUGUACUGGGACUGCUGCAGGUUGAGACUGGUCAGGCCUACUAG